GGCCCGGGGCGGGUUUGGCCAGCUGGAUAUGCCUGCGCAGGACAUGGCCAGCGGAGCCCGGGGGUGCCAGCAGCCCCCAGCCCAGAACCAUGAGACUGUACAUCAUCUUCCUCCUGGCAGUGGUGCACAGAGGGACCUCUAACAGCCAACCCUCAGAGGGGAUGUCCUGUGAAAUGGCAACCUCACAGGCGUGGUGCCACAACAAAGACCUCCACCACAUUCCUGCUGAGCUCCAUCCCAAUGUAAACAAAAUAGAUCUGUCUGGGAACCUGAUUCAAAGCAUCCCUGAAAUGCCACUCUCACUUUACACCUCCCUCCAGUGCCUGGAUUUGAGCUCUAACCAGAUCAGCUUCAUCACGCCCGGAGUCUUCGCGCACAUGACGAGUUUGCUGGAGAUUAAUUUAGCCAACAAUCACUUGUAUGAGCUUGCUCAGAACGGGACAGAGGGCGUGGGGCUUCUACCCAGGGUGGAAGUGCUGGACUUGUCCCACAACAGUCUGUACAAUGGGAUGGCUGAGUACUUCAUCAAGCAAGCCCCAGCACUGCGCUACCUCUCCUUGGCGGACAACAGCAUCAUAGUGAUAUCACACAGGACCUUUCAGGGAUCUCCCAGCCUUGUGGAGAUAGACCUUCAGAGUAAUAUCAUCAUGGAAAUAGAAGAAGGUGCUUUUGAGUCUCUAGUCAACCUUUCCAAACUUAAUCUCUCCAUGAACUCAAUCACUUGCAUCUCUAACUUCAACCUCAGGCAGCUGGAGAUACUUGACCUUAGCAGGAAUAGCAUUGAGACCUUCCACGCUGCCAUAUCAGACGAGGAGUACAGCUUGAGGUGUUUGGAUCUGAGUGAAAACAAGCUGCUUCACUUCCCAGCCUUCCCCCAGGCAAAUAAACUGGUAACUCUGAAUUUAUCAAAGAACUUAAUCCAGCUCAGCUCUGAAUCCUCUCACACCAAAGUGGACUACAUGGAAAAUGAAUGGCUGGAUGCUUCCUUUCUCGUGCUUGACCAGAAGCAAAGCAGAAACAAAAGCUCCCUUUAUUUGUCCCACCUUGUGUACCUAGACUUAAGUUAUAAUGAAAUCAAAUCCAUCCCAGAUGACUUCUUUGAGUCUAUGUUGUCCCUUCACACCCUUAACCUCAGUAAAAACUGCCUGCAGGCCUUCGAAGUGACCUACGACAGCGCCUUGGUCUCCCUGGCUGUCCUCGACCUGAGCUACAACGCCCUGCAGAACCUUCUCCUAGAUGCUGGCACACUGUCAAACCUGAAGGAGCUCUAUGUUCAAAACAACCACCUGCAGGCCCUGCAGUUUGAUACCUUCUCGAGCCUGCCUAGCCUCAGACUGCUUCACCUCCAGAGCAAUAACAUCAGCCUGUGCAGCAUGUACUCAGGGUUAGCUAAGCAAAGGCUGGCUGGCGAGCAAAGCGGCUGCGUGUCCUUCGUCGACUCCUCUGCUCUCCAGCGCUUGUACCUGGCUGACAACAUGCUGAGCAUCCUGCCAGCAUACACUUUCUACAAGACCUCCUUGAUCCUCUUGGAUCUCUCCAUGAACCCUGGACUGAAGAUAGAAGUUAAAGCAUUAUCAGGACUGGAAAAGUCUUUGGAACAUUUGUAUUUACACGGCAACAGCCUGGUGGAUUUAACCAUUGACUUUCCUUGUUUCGCUCACCUGAAGCAUCUAAACCUCUCUGCCAAUCAGCUCAGCUGGUUGCCCAAGUGGGGCAGCGACUCUCCACUGGAAGUGCUGGACCUGAGGAACAACAGGUUCAGCACCUUGCAGGACAGCAACAUUUUAGCAUUAGAAAACUCCCUUAAAAGCUUGUAUCUGACUGGGAACCCACUCGACUGCUGCGGGAACCUCUGGCUCUCCUCCUUGAUCCGCAACAAGAACGUCCAGAUCCCCAACGUGGAGCAGUUAACGUGCCAGCACACUCAGGACUUUGGGUACCAGCAGGAGCUGCACAUGGAGAACGUUAGGCCAGAAGACUGUGAAAAAGAGGACUUGAAGAAAAUCAACUUCCUCAUUAUAUUAACUUUUGUCUUGGUUUUAUCUGCUGUCCUCAUCGGCCUUGGUUCAUUCUGCUGCUGCCGCAGGCAGAGCUUCAGCCACCAGUUUAAAGCAUAGGACCAGAAAAUGCCUUGAAACAAA